AUGACCACCCCACUUCAACUUCUCGAGACCUCAGAAGGUUUUUCGUUCUACCACCAAGGGGAUGAGGAAGCUCGUUGGAUCUUUGAUGAGAUCUUCACUCAGCGAUGCUAUGAUACAGUAAAACUGCCUGAAAAGCCUGUAAUCAUCGAUGCCGGCGCCAACAUUGGGCUGUAUACUCUUUUUGCUAAGAGGAACUACCCAGAAGCAAAAGUGCUGGCUUUCGAACCCGCUAGAGAAAGCGUCUCCAUCUUUAACCAGAACAUAUCGCUACACAAACUAUCAGGUGUAGAGCUCCACGAAUGUGCUCUUGGAUCUAAGAAUGAAACCAAGAUGUUAACCUUCUUCCCUAACACCCCUACCAACUCAACAAUUGGCAGUGACGGAGGGAAUGAAUGGUUGGAGCUUAUCGCCGACAAAGUCAGCAAGGAAGUAGCUGAUAACAUGAGAGAAAAUGCACGACAAACGCCCGUCCCCGUUAGAAGACUUUCCGAAUUCCUCAGAGAUCGGGACGAUAUCACGAAGGUCGAUCUGCUAAAGAUCGAUAUCGAAGGGGGAGAGUUAGACGUUAUCGAGGGACUUGAUGCUGACCACUUGUUGUCAGUCAAGAAUAUCGUCAUGGAACUGUGGAGUCCUGAUGGGCAACUUGAAGUCACUGAGAAAGCCCUCGAGGCCAAAGGGUACACCGUCACAACUACUCUGGUUCCUUGGAAAUCGGGACAAGCUGAGAAGAUGAAAAUGUAUAUGUUGACAGCACAACGGGUCUAA